AUGUCUUCUCGCACCCCCACUCCACACAAUGGAGAAGGGGGGAUGCGCAUGGACGAUGAGCGCACACCAGCGAGAGCUCCAUUGAAUCCAGCGAUGAACAAAUACAACAUAGUCAUGGACAAGGCCAUCUAUGAGGGCAACUUCUACAUCGUAGAUAUACUAGUAGACAAGUUAUUUGCACGAGCAGCGGACGAUCCCAUUGACAUAAGAGCACUCCACAAACUCCGCAAAGCAGUUCAA